AGGGGAAGCUGGUAGACAGAGAAGCCCAGAGGCUGUGGACUAGUGGACCACGUUUAUUUUUUAGGUCAGUCCCAUGUUGACCCACAGAAGGAGCGACCUUACUGAUCACAGUCUCCACCCUCAGAACCCCCCCCACGUGGACCCCGUCACAGCCCAUCCAGGCGUCACCCUGGAGACCAGCUGCUCCCCUGAGGGGCCAGCGGAGGGAGAGUGCUGUAGGAGCUGCACCCCUCCGUCUGCACCCCCUCCUCGGCCCCCUAUGCCCACUAUGGGAGUGACCACCUUGGAAGGCGUGGAGGUCUGCCAGGAUGGGGAGGACUUCUGCCUGACCACAGAAGGAGGGAUGGAGGCGCUUGGUGCCCAGGAGUCAUCGAUGGGCGAGAUGUCACCGCAGAGGAAUAAUGAGAACAGGUUACCUUUCCAGAUCUUCCCAGAACCAGUGGAGGUGUCUCUGAGUCCAGAGGGCUCUCCCAAUCACCUGCAGCAGUUCAGUCCCUCAGAGAAAGAGCGGCUUCCCUCCAUCAUGGUGGAGCCCACGGACAUGAGCGAAGUGGAGAGUGGCGAGUUACGGUGGCCCCCGGAAGACAUGGAAUUCUGUUCUGAGGAGGAUGAUCUGUUCCUGGAGCAGUGUAUCCCCCCGGCCAACAUUGCAGACUGGGGAGAGGAGGAGGAAGAGACGUCUGUUGUCAUCAACCACCAGCAGAACACAUCCCUCAUUGACCUCCAGUCAGAUGCGUUCAGGGAUGAAACACCUAUUCUACCACCUAGCAGCUCACCUGCCCUGAACUGAGGCACCAACCUCACCCCUAAACCCCUUCUAUCUUCCCGAGGAAACCACUCACAGACCAUGGGUCACAGGUCAAUAGGAAACAGAUUCCUGGACAGAAUGGUACCACAGUUCAAAUAUUGUCCAACAAUGAAAGGAGAUAAUCUUCAAUGUUAUGUAAAUAAGUUAAGUUAGGCAGUAGUGUAAUGUUCUUUGCAAAAUGUCAUAAAUAAAACCAAGGACAGCUCUGGGUUUUCUGAAGGAGUUGUGUGAAGAAGAAUAUCUAACAAUAUCUACCAAGAGUGCUUAUUUUAAGAAAAGUAUUAACACUCAUCUGUGGAAAGAAGGAAAUAACACUUUGCUGACAUUUGCCAUUUUUUCAUGAAGUCAUUACUUCAUUUAUUAUUUUCCCCUAUUUCCAAGGGCCCAACAGUGGUUUUGGAGUACAUUGGAGUCCAUACUAGAGUUAGUAAUUGAAUAAUGUUUACAUAUGUUUAUUGCAUUGUUUAAAUUAUGGGGUUGCCAAGAGAUAUGUAGCCUGGUACGCCACCCCACGUGGUCCAAAGAGUUGUCAGCCAGGUUAGGGGAUAUGGCACUCCACCCGUAAGGGUUAGACAUACCAACCUGGCUGUGGGCUUUCCCACAAGCGAUGGAUUUAUGAGUGUUGACCUAAACCAAGAAUGGGCAACUCCAGUCCUCAGGGGCCUGAUUAGUGUCACAAUUUUGGGCCAGCCCCAGCUAGCACACAUGACUUCAAUAAUCAACGAAUCAAUUAAUUAUGCUCUUCAGUUUAGACUGAAAUUAGUUUAAUCGGCUGUGUUUGCAAGGGAUGGGGAAAAAGUGUGACAGGAGUUACCCAUCCCUGGCCUAAACCUUUCAAACUCAACUCUGGACCUCAAAGCCAGUUCCACUGCUUUUUUUCAAUUGUUCCCCUCUAAUCACUGGCUGAUUUAUACCUGGGACUCCAGGUGGGUUCAAUUAAUUAUCAGGUAGAACAGAAAACCAGCAGGCUCCGGACCUAAGAGUUGAAUACCCAUAUACCAGGGUUUCCAAAAUUCAGUCCUGGGCCCCCCCCUGGGUGCACGUUUUAGGUUUUGCCCUAGCACUACACACAGUGGUGGAAAAAGCACCCAAUUGUCAUA